UUCCGAGCAAUGCUCCAUCGAGUCUGACAUCAGACUCAUCGUCCUUCAGGGACCAAUCUUCUGAGAGCCACGCCUACACCGUCCAUGUGGACCAAUCCCACGUACGAAAUUGCAGCGAGCUCGGAUCAUUUUUUUUUUAAACCAAAUUCCGUUCUGAACAUGGCAGGAACUCGUUCACUCGUUCAUUCUGAUGCACUUCCGUGAAAGUCAUUGUUUAACCUGUAACUAUUUUCGUUGACACCAGUGACUGAUAAUUCGAUCAUCUUCUAUUUGUAAUCGGCGAAGAAUCGGAUCAUUGUCAAAAACACUGUAUCCACUUUUAAUCAUGACAUAAACUUUGUAGUUCGGUGGAGUGUACUUGUGCGUGAUUUAUUUGGAUUACGAUUUCAAGUGGAGCAUUGUUGGAAAAUGUCGUAGUCGUUAAAAGUGUGCGUCGGAAAUAUUAGGAUAAUCGGAAUCUCGUGUAAGUGAGUUAAAGGGAAAAGAUAAAGAUGAACGAAGUGAAAACUCGCGUUGUGGAUACGAAUUGUUCGAAGCAAUUGAAGUUUGGAGUAGAACGUAUAUUGUCGGAUGAAAUUUCAUCGAAGAAAACAGAUGUACUAAGGCCGCUUCCGGUACAAUUUUCCACGGUGCGGUGUCCUUGUCCUGGAGGUUGCGUCAGGUGCGAAGCCCUACGAAUUUGCCCUCCAUUUUCUUACGUUCAAACUGCGAUUUCCGGAAACUACGCAAGUACCAACCAUGGAAACGGAGUAGUCGAAAAUUAUACGAGUAUUUAUCGACCGGCACCACUUCGACCUGUUCCCAGAGUACCGAUAUCGUCUGCCUCGACACCGACCAAUCAAUCAGAGACCAAUACCAGAAGAAAAAGAUCGUGGUCGAGGGCUGUGUUCAGUUCUUUGCAACGAAAAGGUUUGGAAAGAAGAUUUUCUCUGCAAAAGUACAUCACGAAACCGGACAGGCGGCAACUUGCUGCUACUUUAGGCUUGACAGACGCACAAGUAAAAGUCUGGUUUCAAAAUCGACGAAUGAAAUGGCGGCAUACGAAAGAGAGCGAAAACACUGCUUUAUCGAACUCCGAUUCCCAGAAGGAAUCGUCUAGAAAAUUAGCGAAGGAUGAUACAAAGAGUGCAACGACUGAAAAGACUGUUUCGGAAGACGAAGAGGAUGUGGAGAUCGAAGUUGAUGUGUGA